UGUUACUCUAGCCUGGUUCUUCACUAAUGCAAACAAGAUAAAAUAUAAAUUUCAUCUUUAAAGAAAAAAAAAACAAAUCAAAUAAAACAAUCAACAAUUACUAAUUAAAAAAUUAUUAUACAUAAUAUUUGAAGAAAAAAGAAAAUAAAAAAUGAAGGUUUUCGUAACGAUGAUGAUCAUGGCAUUGACCGUGACAUUGACGAUGGGUCAAUACCGUCAAGCACAGCCAGGCUACGAAGAGUACGAGAAUGAUUAUGAAUCAGCUCGGCCAACUCAUCCGACACCACGUAGUUACGCAAGUUCAGCACCACAACAAAGACCGACAGAAGCAUCAGCACCAAAACCAACUCCCGUUGCAAUAUUAAAACAAAUUAAUCGACACAAUGAAGAUGGUUCUUACACUUAUGGUUUUGAAGGAGCUGAUGGUUCAUUUAAGAUUGAAACAAAACAAGCCAGUGGUGCAGUUAGUGGCAAAUACGGAUAUGUUGAUGACAGUGGAAAAGUCAGAGUUGUAGAAUACGGAGCUGAUCAAUACGGUUUUCAACCAGCUGGUGAAGGAAUAACUGUUGCACCACCAACAUUGGUAGAUGAAAAUGAGACAAAAGAAGGACAAAAUCAAAAUUUAGAUUAUCAAGAAUAUCAACAACCAGCUAGACCAAUUCAACGACCAAUUCCACAAAUUGCACCAGCACCAGCAAGACCAGCAUACAGACAACCUCAACCACAACCACAACAACUUCAACAACAACAACCACAACAACCACAAUAUAGAAAUGAAGCAGCUUAUAAUCGUGAGCCUGCACCAAUUAAUCGUCCAAUAUUUUCACCAGCUCCAUCACAAUUACAACAAUCACAAAUUAUAAGAACACAAAAUGAAUAUGAACGUCCACCAUUAUCACAAACUUAUAAUCAAGGACCAGUACAAUUUAAUCCAGCACCAGUACAAGAAAAUCCAGCACCAGCACCACCAGUAAGAGCACCAGUUGCACAAGCACGUGCUGCCCCUGGUGGAAUACUUGAUCAGCUUGCUCGUGAUUAUGCUCUUCCUCAAGGUGGCUCAGCACCACUUCAUGACAUCAGUUUUGGAUUUUAUUAAUUUUAAAUAUAUAUAAUAUUUUUUUUUGUAUAAAAAAUUAAUUGAAUAAAAUUUAAUUAUAAUCAGUCAAUAAAUGUUU